UGUAAUGUUGUUGGUUUACGUCCAUAUCAAACCACCGCUGGAUUGAAGCCUUGAAGGCGAUAAGGUCAUCACAUUCACCUCAGCGGGUCAAAACCAAAAAAAAAAAAAGGGGAAAAAAGAGGGCAGAGGGUUUUCAUUUUCUCCACCUUCACUCUUAAACCCUUUGCCUCUUUUUUCCACAUCCUUUCUGCUGUUGUUUAGUCUCUUAAAGAUUUCUGCUAUCAAUGGCGGCGUCUUUGGGAAGAGAAUGGGCCGGAAUACAGCAGUUUCCUGCUGCUACUCAGACUAAAUUGCAUGAACUGUUGGGAAAGUUAAAACAGGAGAAAGUAACUACAUUGACCAUCCUUGUUAUGGGGAAAGGUGGUGUUGGAAAAUCCUCCAUUGUGAACUCAAUUAUUGGGGAAAGAGUAGUUCCUGUCAGCGCUUUCCAGUCAGAGACCCCUAGGCCGAUAUUGGUUUCACGAACAAGGUUAGGAUUUACACUCAACAUUAUCGAUACCCCAGGCCUUGUUGAAGGAGGAUUUGUCAAUGACCAAGCUCUUCGGAUCAUAAAAGAGUUCCUUCUGAACAAGACUAUAGAUAUUUUGCUAUAUGUUGAUCGUUUGGAUGCAUAUCGAGUUGAUAAUUUGGAUAGGCAAGUUGUGAAGGCUAUAACUGAUGGUUUUGGCAAAGAAAUAUGGCGUCGAGGACUGGUUGUUCUCACCCAUGCUCAGCUUUCACCUCCUGAUGGACUCAGUUAUGAGGAAUUCUUCUCCCGAAGAUCAGAGGCUCUUCUAAAAGUUGUCCGCCUUGGAGCCAGGAUAAAAAAACAAGAUAUUCAGAAUUCUCCUAUUCCUGUUGCUUUAGUUGAGAAUAGUGGAAGGUGUAAUAAGAAUGAGAAUGAUGAGAAGGUUCUUCCUAAUGGAACUGCUUGGAUUCCUAAUUUAAUUAAAACUAUCACUGAUGUCGUCUUAAGUGGAGGUAGGAGCAUUGUGGUUGAUCGAAAGUUGAUUGAAGGACCAAAUCCUAAUGACAAGGGGAAGUUAGUCAUACCUUUGAUUGCAGCCUUCCAAUAUUUCUUUGUCAUCAAACGGAUUCAGAAGUGGAUAAGAGAAGAUAUUGCGCAAGAGGGUAGACCUUCAUGGGCUUGAAUUAUCAUCACUAUGGAAUACGCAUAUCCGCUUUCUUAUGUCGAACUAAUUUCCUGCUGGUGAAAUCAGUGGCUGUGCGGCGUUUACCUUUGAGUUCGAGUUAUCGGAGCACCAGUCUAUGUACUUUUUUUUUUAAAAAGAAGUUUUGCAAACCAGCUUUCAAUUCUAUGUAGCCUUUCCUGUUUUUCCAUUUCAUGGAGCAGCUUUGAGUGUUAGGUAAAUGUGUGCUAAUCAUUUCCAGCUUUGUGAACGAUUCUUUAUGUUGGCAUUAGUCGCCCAGUUGCAGGGUUUCUAGCUUUUCUUCUUUUAUGACUUGGAAGGCAUUGCUACGGACGCUUCUGUUCUUUAAUAUCCUAAUAAUAAUCAGUCAUUCUCACAGUUCACUGUUCA